AUGACAGACCAAAUUGAAAUUGAUGCUGAAGAAACAAGUCAAUUGGGAAAAGCUUUCAAGAAUGAUAUGAAUGAAUUGAGUGGAGUCAAAGCUAUUGAAAGGAUCAUUACCGAGGGUAAAAGACAAAUUGAGACAAUAUUCGGCUACAAGACAGCCAUCGGUAAACUCAUCCAAGUGAGAGGUGAUGCUGAUAACAAGAAGGAAUUAUACAAACAAAAUCUCGCUAUUUUAGGUCCAAACAUUCAAAUCAUGAGAGAUUUGUUCCAAUUCAACGAUGUCAUGAGACAACAUGUCGUCAGUUUUGUGAACGGUUUUUGCAAGAAUAAUACUACACCCAACGCAGAAGAAUCAAAAGCAUUGAUUGAUGUUCUUGAUGUUGUCAUCAUUUUGGAUUAUUUGAAAACAUGGCAAGCAGGUUUAAAUAACGAUUUUGCCAUGUAUCGUAGAGCCAUUCAACACGUUAAAAAAGAUUACAACAUGAGCGAAGAUGAAACUUUGCGUCACUUUCUCGUUAACCCUCACAACAUCAAUAAGGCUUUAAAAACAGCUUUUACUGAAGACGCUGAUGGUUUCGAAAAAGUACUCAGUUAUUUGGCCUCUGAGUGCAAUAAUAGACAUGAAAAGGAAGAAAAGAACGAAAAGUAUGUGAGAGUGGCUGUCUGUUGCAUCUUUUUGAUUGAUCAACUCAUUUCAGAUGCCAACAAGUUUAACAACAUGAAGAAGAACAUGAAAUUCCACAAGAUUAACAAAUUAUUCGAAACAAAUCCAAAGGUGUCACUUCAUCAUGAACUGCCUCUCAAUGUUCCAAACUAUUUGAAGAGUUGUCCAAACUUUACGAAGAACGCAGAUUGCGACAAAGGUGUGUGUACAAUUUUGUAA